AUGACUGAUAGUCCGUUGAAACGGAAACUGCAGUCGUGUGAAAACACUCCAGUUUCCAUCUCCCCAUUCACGAUCGGCCACCGCGGUGGAGGAACACUCCAAUUCCCAGAAGAGUCGAUCCGGUCUCAAGAUGCCGUCACCACCCUCUGCAGCAAACAAGACGGCUUCAACGCCUCCGCCACCACCCCGCUCACCUACCAAGCCGGCACCCCUCUCUGGCGCACAGAACUCUACGACACAUGCGCGCAGACCCUCACCCUGCACCAAUACAUCGACCUCGUAGACUCCUACCCUGGCUACCGCAACUUCACCCCCGAGUUAAAAACGCCACCCGCAGCCGUCCCCAUGCCCUUUCUUGGAAACUACACACAGGCCCAAUACGCGUCCGACAUGAUAUCCGCGUUCCGUCUGAAGGGGAUAAGUGCGGAUCGCGUGUGGCCGCAGAGUUUCUUGUUUGAGGAUGUGGUGUAUUGGAUUGAUAAUGAUGAGGACUUUGGUGCUCAGGCUGUGUAUCUGCAGGAGUUUGAUACACCGGAUGACCUUGCGGCUGGGUUUGCGAAUCUAUCCACCGCGCGCGCCGCAGGUGUGAAUAUCAUCGCGCCCUCUCUUCCCAUGCUGCUCUCCAUCGGCGGGUCGGACAACAAGACGAUUGUGGAAAGCGAGUACGCGAAAGCGAUCAAAGCGAAUGGCAUGGAUAUUAUCGCUUGGACGUUUGAAAGGAGCGGGCCGUUGGCGAAUGUGAAGAGGGACGGGGAGUAUUACUUUGCUAGUAUUGCGGAUGUGGUGGAUCAUGAUGGGCAGUACUAUGAGGUGCUGGAUGUGCUGGUUAGGGAGGUGGGGGUUAAGGGGCUUUUUACGGAUUGGGCGGGGACGGUGAGUUAUUUUGCGAGUUGUUUUGGGUUGGAGGGGCCGGUGGGGGGGAGUUAUCGGUGA